UGCCAAUUUGCCUUGUGCGUCCAUUUCUCACGCAGCGAAUCAAAACACAAAGGGAAAGUAAAGAAGGAAAUCGGCUUGCCGCCAUGAACAGCAUUGCUUCCAAGGUUGCUGUGGUGGGAAGUGGAAUAUCAGGAGCAGUUUGUGCGUCCACUCUCGCAAAAAAUGGUGUCUCAGUUACCCUCUUCGACUCUGCUCGAGGCCCCGGUGGCCGGAUGUCUCGGAGAAGGGAGAUUUCCGAAGAUGGGAAGGAGCUAUUGUUUGACCAUGGCGCUCCAUUUUUCUCUGCAAGUGAUGAUGAUGUGUUGAAGAUUGUUGGCGAAUGGGAAGCCAAAGGCAUUGUUGCUGAGUGGAAACAAAGCUUUGGGGCUUUCGAUUUCGCCUCCAAAGGGUUUCUGAACAUAGAACAGGAACAAGCUUCCAAGAGAUAUGUUGGGGUGCCAGGCAUGAACUCUAUAUGUAGAGCUUUAAGCAAUGAAACGGGAGUGGAGAGUAAGUUUGGUGUUGGAGUUGGAAGGAUAGAAUGGGUGGAUGAUGAAAAAUCAUGGUCACUGACCAGUUCUGAUGGCCAACAACUUGGUCAUUUUAGGGGAGUGGUUGCUUCAGACAAAAACAUUGUUUCAAGAAGAUAUACUGAGGUGACUGGAUCUCCACCACCGCUUGACCUGAGUUUUGCUCCUCAGUUGGUAGCCAAGUUACAGGACAUUCCUGUUAUUCCUUCUUUCGCCGUGAUGUUAGCAUUUGCAGAGCCUUUGUCAUCAAUACCAGUAAAAGGCAUAUCAUUCAGAAACUCAGAGAUCUUGAGCUGGGCUUACUGUGACAGUGACAAGCCAUCUCGUUCAAGCACAAGUCUUUUUGGCAGUGAAAGGUGGGUGCUGCAUUCAACAGCGAAAUAUGCAGCAACUGUAAUUGCUGAGACUGGACUCAAGAAGCUGUCAAGUGAGACACUGACAAAAGUUGCGGAACAAGUGUUGUCGGAAUUUCAAAGCACUGGACUCGAAAUCCCUCCGCCGUUCUUCAUGAAAGCUCAUCGAUGGGGAAGUGCUUUUCCGGGGGCGAGCAUAGCGGCUGAAGAGAGAUGCCUGUGGUUUGGGGAGAAAAAAGUAGCCAUUUGUGGGGACUUCUGUGUUAGCCCAAAUGUUGAAGGUGCAAUACUCAGUGGACUGGCUGCUGCUGCAAAGCUUUCAGCUUCACUCUCACUUGUCCAUAGUUUGUAGCUUAAACAAACUCGACUGAAAUUUAUGUAAGAGGUGUGCUACCCUUGUUAUCUUUUUUCAAUUGUGUCGAGCCAAUAAUUAUAAACCAAAAGUACCAAUGUGAUAACACCUCUUAAAUCAAAUGUUUGUAGAC